AGGAUAAUAUAUAAGAAGAUCAGCGAGUAUCAAACGAGUGAGCGACACGAAGCAAGAAGUGAAAAUGACAAAACUAUUGGCCUUGUUAUGUCUCGUCUUGAGUGUUUUACUGACGGUGGGCCGGUGCACAGAGACGGAAGGUGAAAUCAUCGUGAAAGAUGGCCACCGUGUUGUUGUGGUGGAGUACGACGCAGACGGCAAAACCAACACUAGAGUCUUGAUGUCACCGCCGGAAAGAGGACAAGAGCAGAUAGGAGACCAAAGAGAAAUGUUUAGAAAUGUGAAAAGGAAAGUGAUAGAAACACCGUCGUCUCUUCCGGUUAGUGACCAAGUGGAGGAGGAGCGUGAACUCCACGCAUCAGCAGGAGAGAUCAUAUGCGAUGCCAUCGGUAAGUGCAAGAACAAGGUGGCGAGUGUGUUAGGGAGAGUUGACGAUCCAACGGCGCACGAUACGAAGGAGACGGUUGCACGUGCGGCACGUGACGUGAAAGAAACUCUGGCUCACGAGCCCCACUUUGCUGACCACAAGGCUCAAGAAACUAGGCCAACGAUGAGUAAGAGCCAAAACGUUUUGGUGAAGGCAAAGUUGGCGGUGAAGCGGUUAGGGACGGCAGUUACGGCGGCGAUGAACCUGAGAAAGGUAGGGAGUGUGGUGAGUCUGAUCGGGAUCGCGGCGGCGUUUGGGAUGUGCGUGUGGGUGACGGUCGUGUCGAAGUACUUAUUGGCAUCGGUGCUUGGGAGGCAUCGAUUCAGUGUGGCGCAGAGCAAGGUGUAUUCCGUGUACUUCAAGGCAAUCUCCGUAGGGCUUCUGGUUGGGUUGCUAGGACACGUCAUCAGCCGACGCCGGAAGGUUCUUACCGAUGCGGUGGAGAUGUGGCAGGCCGUUAACCUCUUGUCCUCGAUCCUGAUGGUGGAAGCUAAUGCGUCAUUUGUUGAACCACGAGCCAUCAAGGCGAUGUUUGAGCGGAUAAAAGUGGAAAAAGAAGAAGGAAGAGGGCUUGACAAGUCAGAAUCACACUCCAGUGAAGCAGCCGCUCGAACCUGUGGUAAGAAGGUUAGAUACAAUAUGGAUGAGGAUGCGGUGAACCGUAGACUGAAGAAGCUGAACGAGAGGUUAAGUAGGUUAAAUGCGUACUCGUCGCGACUAAAUUUACUCACUCUAAUGUCUCUCACAUGGCACUUUGUGUAUCUCGGCCAUCGACUCAGCCUCACUUAUUCAGGGAUUGAGCCACCGAUACGUUAGCUGUUUUUGUAAUUUGAUUGUUUUAACAAACAUGAUUCCACAUCAUAAUUGAGUGAAAAAAAAUGUAAGAAAUAAAAAUAAAUAAAGCAAAAA